AUGGCGGCAACCUAUUUAAUUUCAGAAUGUCUAGAAAAUGUUUUAUUGAACCUUCUCGACGAAAAUCCUUCCGGGGAUACUCGUACCUAUACAUCAACCAAAGAUUUAUAUUCUUGUUCAUUAGUAUCAAGAAAUUGGUGUAGAAUCUCAACGCCAUUAUUAUAUGCUUAUCCAUUCCAUCAUUUUCGUCAUUUAGCUUAUUCAAACAUUCAUUAUAUUAACUCCAAUAUAAACUAUUCAUCAUAUUUUAAGUUAAUUCGAACAUUAUUAAGUUGUAUUCCUAAAUAUGAAAUUGAACAGAUUUUAUCAAAUUCUUCUACUAAUGAACAAAAUCCAUCGCCUAAUCCCUUUGUAUCUAAUGGAAUUUCUGCUUUUCAUAAUAAUUUAUUAACGACCUUUAAUUAUAUUAAUUUUAUUCGUGGCUUAAUUUUUGAUAAAAUAUUAUAUAAAACGUACGAAUUGUUUCAAUAUCGAGAAAUAUGGUAUUCUACAUAUAUUUCAAAUGAUACAACAAGGGAUCAAUUCUCAAAAAUAUCAAUCCUAAUUAUGAACCAUUUUAUAAAAUAUUUGUGUACACAUUGUAAUAAUUUAACGACAUUAGAAUUUCCAUUCAAAAUACAGGAUAAUGAGUUCCUUAUUAAUAUAAUUGAGUCGUUAAAAUUUAACGAUUACAACAGAAAAAAUAAAUUGUAUAAUCUAAAGGAAUUAUAUUAUAUUAGUAACAAAUAUGGCAAAUAUGGAGAAAUUUGUUCAUCAGCAGACGAUCUUUAUUCGGUUCUCUCGAAUAAAAUUUGUAACCUUAAUUUACUCUAUAAUGAUAAAAUCAAUUCUAUUGAAGAAGCAAAUUCAUUAUCUCAAUUUAUUUCUUUACAAAAAAAUUUGAAGCAUAUUAUAUUAUCAGAAAAUAUAUAUAAUUUGGAACAAAUAUAUAAUGAUGAUAUUAUUGAUGAUAAUUAUAAUAUUAUUAUUGAAUCAUUAUCAACACAAAGUGAGAGUUUACAAAUAUUGGAAUUUAAUCAUAUACCAUUUAAUAGGAUAAGUGAAAAGGGUUUAAAUUCUCUUUAUUUACUUAAAAACAUCAGAGAAUUAAGGUUUUGUAGGUGUAAAGAUAUAAAUGAUAAUUUGAAUUCUUGGGCAAAGAAUUUAACAAAGCUCAAAGUUUUAGAAUUUGGAGCAUAUUAUUUUCCAAUGAAUUCAGAAGAUUUCCUAAUCCAACUAAUAAAAUCUUCUAACUCCUUAUGUAAACUAGUAUUGGAUUAUAAAAGAGAACAGGAUCAAGGUUUUCAAUUGUUUAAGCAAAUUCCAAAUUAUUUACACUCGUUAAUCCACUUAGAACUCCCCAAAAUUUUUCUAUCUGAAUUAAUCCUCAUAUUUAAAUCGUGUACUCGGUUAGUCUAUCUUAGUAUGAUAUUAUCAGGUGAUAAAUUAUGGGAGGGAAAUUUUAGUAAUUUAGGUAAAUUUACUCCUAAAACUUUACGAAAAAUUCAACUUAAAGGGAUUGAAAAUUUAGUAUUUAACAGUAAUGAAUUAAAAUAUUUCUUUAAAGAAUGUGUAAAUAAUGAUAGCAAUUUAAAAUAUUUAGGAAUUGUUAAAAAUUGUGAUGACCUAAUUAAUCAAGAAUACUUUGAUAUUGCUAAAGAAUUUGGUGUGGAAUUAAUUAUAGUGUAG